AACAAUUCCGUACCGUAGCCACAGUCGACCCAACACCGUGCCCGAAGUAAGACGUUUCGUUUUUGGCGUGUUGUACAUUCUAGUUGCACAGUGUGUGUCCGUGAACGUGCCCUGUUUUGUGGAUAAAUCGUGAAAUGGCAGCCGCUUGUAAGAUCGACCUGACGUUCGAGGAUGGCCACAAAAUGCCGGCUCUUGGUUUCGGAACUUGGCGGGCUCCGGACGAUGAGGUGGAGAAAGCGCUGAACGAGGCGCUUGAGGCCGGCUAUCGGCACAUUGACUGUGCACCGGUCUAUCUGAACGAGCCAACGAUCGGUCGAGUACUGCGCCAGUGGAUCGAUAGUGGACGGGUGACGCGUGAGGAGCUGUUCAUCGUUACCAAAUUGCCCCCGCACGGUACGCGAGCAGCGACGGUGGAAAAAUUUCUCAAACGAUCACUCAACGAUCUGCAGCUUGAUUACGUCGAUCUGUACCUGGUGCAUGUUCCGUUUACCGUGCCCGAAGUGGAUGGACCCUUCCUGACCGACGGCAACGGAGAAAUCGUACUCGAAACGACAACGGACCAUGUCAGUCUGUGGAAGAGCAUGGAAACGAUCGCGGAUGCCGGUCUUGCACGCAGCAUAGGCCUAUCGAAUUUCAACCAGCGGCAAAUACAGAGAGUGCUUGAUAAUUGCCGAAUUAAGCCGGCCAACUUGCAGAUCGAGAACCACAUCUAUCUGCAGCAGAAUGGGCUGGUAAAGUUUUGCAAAGCGAACGGCAUCACUGUGACCGCGUAUUCACCGCUCGGUUCGAAGGGAAUCGAGAAGCUACUGAAUCGCGAAGUGCCCGAUUUAUUGGACAACCCAGUGGUAAAGGAAAUGGCCCAACGUCAUGAGAAAUCAUCGGCGCAGAUUUUACUGCGUCAUCUGUUACAGCGCGGUAUUGCGACCAUUCCGAAAAGUACGAACGCGGACCGAUUGCGGCAAAACAUUGCACUGUUCGAUUUUGAACUGUCGGAGGACGAUAUGGCCCAAUUGAACGGACUCGAUCAAAAUUUGCGCAUUUGUGACUUUGGAUUCUUUCCCGGUAUUACAAAGCAUCCGGAGUUCCCAUUUUAAUCGAUUGUAUAUGGUUCCGAUACAUUGCCAUUUUAUUUGCCACUUACACUUAAUGUUAGGAUCAAUCAUACAUAAAUUCGCUUUGGAUAAAAAUAAUCUUUCUCAGUUUUUAGCUUGCCUUUUUUUCUAUCUGUUGGUGUGCUGCUGCAAAGCCCUAAGCUUCCAUUCCUAUAAUUGUUACUCUAACAACAAAAUCGAACAUUUAAGAUAAAUAUACAAUUAUAUUUUUAUUCUGUAA